UAUUCUAUCCUCAUUACACUGAGUCACUGGAGUAUUUCGCGCACACCGUGAAGGUGCACAAGUAGAUUGAAGUGUUUCUAAACUUGUACAUAAAAAUUAACUCUUUGUUAUUCAUCGUGAAUGAAGUCGUCCAACCAAUCCAGAGAGAGCAGACAGGUAAUCGUAGUUGCUCUCUUGCAGUUGUUUUAAGGGCUUCAGUCUUUGCGUGCACUAUGGACGGAACUGUGGAGGAGGGAUCCACGCGUGGGUUCUUUCGGACAGACGCUUCCCUGAGCGGAGGGGAUGAGAGCCGUGACACCGACCACAGCCAGAGAACUCAUGAACAACAUCCUGACGACGAGCGCUCUUUGCCUCUUAGGGAUUUUUAUCCCUAUAUUCGCUGUGCCCUCUGCAAUGGAUUUUUCAUUGAUGCCACCACCAUCACAGAGUGUCUUCACACUUUUUGUAAGAGCUGCAUUGUCAAGCACUUUUUCUACAGCAACAGGUGUCCUAACUGCUCCAUUGUUGUGCACCAGACACAGCCAAUGUACAGUAUCAGACCUGACAGACAGUUACAAGACAUUGUUUUCAAGAUGGUGCCGUACUUGGAAGAAGAUGAAAGGUCGCGAAUAUAUGCAUUUUAUAAACAGAGAGGGCUUGACGUUCCUAAGUCAGUGGCAUCUCCAGCUACAUACCCAGUGAAGCCGCCUCAGAGACAGAAGAAAGACAUGCUGCCUCAGUCUGUUUUUACCAUUCCCUCAGAGCUAGAUGUGUCUCUGAUGUUGGAGUUUGUGGGAGUUGAAGAGGGUAUUGAGAACUAUAAGCCCCUUGAGAGGAAGUAUGUGCGUGUGUCAGGGGAAGCCACUGUCCGUCAUGUGGAGCUUUUUAUCAGGAGGAAGAUGGAACUGAGUCAAAACUGCAAGGUUGAUGUUGUGUGUGGAGACCAUCUUCUUGAGCAAUGCCAGUCUUUGAGAGAAGUUUGUAACACCAUGGGAAAAAAUGCAUUGCAGGAUGGCAUGCUGGUUCUGCAUUUCGGACUCGUUCUACCUGCUCAGUAAAGAGGGAAGACACAGAAAGACCAACUACUGUGAAAUUUGCAUUGUACAAUGGUUUUAUUUCAAGGGCUAAACUGAAUUUUAUCAUAUAACAGUUAUCCUAUGCAGUGAUCCUUCGUCUUCCUGGUUGCCUUCUGCUCAAAAAGAUUAAGAAUAUGGCAGCAUUCUUUGAGCAAAUGCAUUAAGAAACAGAGCUAAUGAGCUAUUUCCAAAAUAUACUGCGUGUUUGUUUGUUUGGAUGACUGAUUUUUGGUUACAAUUUCCACAGCGGUGAGGGUUCUGUGAAUGCUCUUUUAUACAUUUGCUAAUAAAAACACAGAGUAAGUAAUUAUUUUACACCUUGUCGCUAAGAAUAUAUUGUUUGACAUAUUGUUUUAUUGCUUGGUUUUGUUGUGCCUCAAGUUCAGCUUACAAAAAUUAAAUCAGUAUUGAAAGAAAUAA